AUGUUUGUUGCCACGUACUGUGGCCGUGCCCCCAGCAGCGGCGCCGAGCUGCGGCUGUCCUGCGACACCUACAAGCUGGGCGCCGGCGACUAUGUCAUCGUCACCAGCGGUGGCGACAGCCGCGAGGUGUUCUACUCCACCUCCUCGGCGCCUGUCGUCACCUCGCAGGCUACACUCCAGGUCGAGUUCAGGACCAACAGCCUCGACCACGGACGGACUAAGUACGACACGCGGAUCGUCGGCGGUGGCCCAGCGCAGCCCAACGCCUACCCCUGGCUGGUGGGUCUUGUGUCUCCGAGGGGUCAGAGUCCGUUCUGCGGCGGCAGCAUCAUCAACGAACGCUUCGUCCUGACGGCCGCUCACUGCGUCAAGGGGUGA